CGCGAGGGUCUAAGCUGCCUUUCUCCUCCGGUUGCUAGGGAAAUGGUCCAGGAGUGCCGGGCGUGAGCUUCGCCUCUCGCCAAGCCUGAGACUGCGGUUGUCACUGAUCUCCUGAAGAAGCAGGACCCGAAAUUACAGACAUUAGCAAUGAUGUGUGAAGUGAUGCCCACGAUUAAUGAGGACACCCCAAUGAGCCAAAGGGGGUCCCAAAGCAGUGGCUCGGACUCAGACUCCCAUUUUGAGCAGCUGAUGGUGAAUAUGCUAGAUGAAAGGGACCGUCUUCUAGACACCCUUCGGGAGACCCAAGAAAGCCUUUCACUUGCCCAGCAAAGACUGCAGGAUGUCAUCUAUGACCGAGAUUCGCUCCAGCGACAGCUCAAUUCAGCCCUGCCACAGGAAUUUGCUGCACUGACAAAAGAAUUAAAUGCCUGUAGGGAGCAACUCCUAGAAAAGGAAGAAGAAAUUUCUGAACUUAAAGCUGAAAGAAACAACACAAGACUGUUACUGGAGCACUUGGAGUGCCUCGUGUCCCGACAUGAAAGGUCACUAAGAAUGACAGUGGUGAAACGGCAAGCCCAGUCCCCCUCAGGAGUCUCCAGUGAGGUUGAGGUUCUCAAGGCACUGAAAUCUUUGUUUGAGCACCACAAGGCCUUGGAUGAAAAGGUAAGGGAGCGACUGAGGGUUUCUUUAGAAAGAGUCUCUGCACUGGAAGAAGAACUAGCUGCUGCUAAUCAGGAGAUUGUUGCCUUACGUGAACAAAAUGUUCAUAUACAAAGAAAAAUGGCAUCAAGUGAGGGGUCCACAGAAUCAGAACAUCUUGAAGGGAUGGAACCUGGUCAGAAAGUCCAUGAAAAGCGUUUGUCCAAUGGUUCUAUAGACUCAACUGAUGAAACUAGUCACAUAGUCGAACUACAAGAAUUGCUUGAAAAGCAAAACUAUGAAAUGGCUCAAAUGAAAGAACGUUUAGCAGCCCUUUCUUCCCGAGUGGGGGAGGUGGAACAGGAAGCAGAGACAGCAAGAAAGGAUCUCGUUAAAACUGAAGAAAUGAACACUAAGUAUCAAAGGGACAUUAGGGAGGCCAUGGCACAGAAGGAAGAUAUGGAAGAAAGAAUCACAACCCUUGAGAAGCGUUACCUCAGUGCUCAGAGAGAAUCUACCUCCAUACAUGACAUGAAUGAUAAACUAGAAAAUGAGUUAGCAAAUAAAGAGGCCAUCCUACGGCAGAUGGAAGAGAAGAACAGACAGUUACAAGAGCGUCUUGAGCUGGCUGAGCAAAAGUUGCAGCAGACUAUGAGAAAAGCCGAGACCUUACCUGAAGUAGAGGCUGAACUGGCUCAGAGAAUUGCAGCCUUGACAAAGGCCGAAGAGAGACAUGGAAACAUUGAAGAACGUAUGAGACAUCUAGAAGGUCAACUUGAAGAGAAAAAUCAAGAACUUCAAAGAGCUAGGCAAAGAGAGAAAAUGAAUGAGGAGCACAACAAAAGAUUAUCUGAUACUGUGGACAGACUUCUGACUGAAUCCAAUGAGCGCUUACAGCUACAUUUAAAGGAGAGAAUGGCUGCUCUAGAAGAGAAGAAUGUUUUAAUUCAAGAAUCAGAAACUUUCAGAAAGAAUCUGGAAGAAUCUUUACAUGAUAAGGAAAGAUUAGCAGAAGAAAUUGAAAAGCUGAGAUCUGAACUUGACCAAUUGAAAAUGAGAACUGGCUCUUUAAUUGAACCCACAAUAUCAAGAACUCAUCUAGACACCUCAGCUGAGUUGCGGUAUUCUGUUGGAUCCCUAGUGGACAGCCAGUCUGAUUACAGAACAACUAAAGUAAUAAGAAGACCCAGGAGGGGCCGCAUGGGUGUGCGAAGAGAUGAGCCAAAGGUGAAGUCUCUUGGGGAUCAUGAGUGGAAUAGAACUCAGCAAAUUGGAGUGCUAAGCAGCCACCCUUUUGAAAGUGACACAGAAAUGUCUGAUAUUGAUGAUGAUGACAGAGAAACUAUUUUUAGCUCAAUGGAUCUUCUCUCUCCAAGCGGUCAUUCUGAUGCCCAGACUCUAGCCAUGAUGCUUCAGGAACAAUUGGAUGCCAUCAACAAAGAAAUCAGGCUAAUUCAGGAAGAAAAAGAAUCCACGGAGUUACGUGCUGAAGAAAUUGAGAACAGAGUGGCUAGUGUGAGCCUGGAAGGCCUGAAUUUAGCAAGAGUCCACCCAGGUACCUCCAUCACUGCCUCCGUUACAGCUUCUUCACUGGCCAGUUCAUCUCCCCCGAGUGGACACUCAACGCCAAAGCUCACCCCUCGGAGUCCUGCCAGGGAAAUGGAUCGGAUGGGAGUCAUGACACUGCCAAGUGAUCUAAGGAAACAUCGGAGAAAGAUUGCAGUGGUGGAAGAAGAUGGUCGGGAGGACAAAGCAACAAUUAAAUGUGAAACUUCUCCUCCCCCUACCCCUAGAGCCAUCAGGAUGACUCACACCCUUCCCUCCUCCUACCACAAUGAUGCCCGAAGUAGUUUGUCUGCCUCCCUUGAGCCAGAAAGCCUUGGGCUUGGCAGUGCCAAUAGCAGCCAAGACUCUCUUCACAAAGCCCCCAAGAAGAAGGGAAUCAAGUCUUCAAUAGGACGUCUGUUUGGUAAAAAAGAAAAAGCCCGACUUGGGCAGCUCCGAGGCUUUAUGGAGACUGAGGCUGCUGCUCAGGAGUCCCUGGGGCUAGGCAAACUUGGAACUCAAGCUGAGAAGGAUAGAAGACUGAAGAAAAAGCAUGAACUUCUAGAAGAAGCUCGGAGGAAGGGAUUACCUUUUGCUCAGUGGGAUGGGCCCACUGUGGUUGCAUGGCUGGAGCUCUGGUUGGGAAUGCCUGCUUGGUACGUAGCAGCCUGCCGAGCCAACGUGAAAAGUGGAGCCAUCAUGUCUGCUUUAUCAGACACUGAGAUCCAGAGAGAGAUCGGGAUCAGCAAUCCCCUGCAUCGCUUAAAGCUGCGACUAGCAAUCCAGGAGAUGGUCUCCCUAACAAGUCCUUCGGCUCCUCCGACAUCCCGAACUCCUUCAGGCAACGUUUGGGUGACCCAUGAAGAAAUGGAAAAUCUGGCUGCUCCAGCAAAAACGUGUCCGGUUUUUCUACAGACUCUGGCUUAUGGAGAUAUGAACCACGAGUGGAUUGGAAAUGAAUGGCUUCCCAGCCUGGGGUUACCUCAAUACAGAAGUUAUUUUAUGGAAUGCUUGGUAGAUGCAAGAAUGUUAGAUCACCUAACAAAAAAAGAUCUCCGUGUCCACUUAAAAAUGGUGGAUAGUUUCCAUCGAACAAGUUUACAAUAUGGAAUUAUGUGCUUAAAGAGGUUGAAUUAUGACAGAAAAGAACUAGAAAGAAGACGGGAAGCAAGCCAACAUGAAAUAAAAGAUGUGUUGGUGUGGAGCAAUGAUCGAGUUAUUCGCUGGAUACAAGCUAUUGGACUUCGAGAAUAUGCAAAUAAUAUUCUUGAAAGUGGUGUGCAUGGCUCACUUAUAGCCCUGGAUGAGAACUUUGACUACAGCAGCUUAGCUUUAUUACUACAGAUUCCAACACAGAACACCCAGGCAAGGCAGAUUCUUGAAAGGGAAUACAAUAACCUCCUGGCUCUGGGAACUGAACGGCGACUGGACGAAAGUGAUGACAAGAAUUUCAGGCGUGGGUCAACAUGGAGAAGACAGUUUCCCCCCCGUGAGGUACAUGGAAUCAGCAUGAUGCCUGGGUCCUCAGAAACAUUACCGGCUGGAUUCAGGUUAACCACAACAUCUGGGCAAUCGAGGAAAAUGACAACGGAUGUUGCUUCAUCAAGACUGCAGAGGUUAGAGAACUCCACUGUUCGCACAUACUCAUGUUGACAAGCCACACAAAGGAGGCAGCACUGACUUGCUAUGUCUUUUCCGUCUACUCUACCUAAAGUGCACUACCAUCUCAGAAGACGAACAGUGAAAACCUUUGUGAAGACUGAAUUCUAAGGACACAACCCCAAGUAAUGACUUAUUAAGCUGAAAAUGUGAUCUGGGGGAGUCAGAUAUUAAGUUUGAUUAGUUUACUACAAUUGUAAGAAAAUGCUUAAGUCAUUUGAAUAAUAAGCAUCAUCCACAUCCUACAUUCUGUACAACAGAGGCUUUUAUGAAAUGGAGCCACUUGUUUUUUCAUGUUUUAUUGUAAUAUACUACGCAUUUAUGUAUUACUGUGUAUGUAUUUCUUUUUAAAUGUGUCUUCUGUAAAUGGAUAUAAAUAUGAUUUUUAAAAAAAUAAAAUAUAUGGUUCAUGGAGUCUCGAGUGCAAACAUUUGACAAUCCCAAGUACUGUUUGUAUUUUACCAUCCCACCAUUUUUACAGUUUUUGAAUUGUAACAGUCAAAUCGAUAUGUUUCUCCUUCAAGUCUGUCAAUACUUAAAGCUGAAAACCUGCC